GCCUUUCCUUGUAGUAUGUAGAUUAAAGAUCGUGGUUUGCCUCUUGAACACACAACCGCGCAAAACUUAAGACGAAACUAGAAACUGCCGAAGCCGUAAGAUGUUAAAUACAUCUUCUGGUGUUUUUAACUUUUCCUCUAUUUGGUUGUCCAGUUUCGACGUUCCCUAUCCAGUACUGCCCAGCCAAUCAAGCUACACGUGGAGCAACUACGCUAUCAGCGAAAUUCUCAUCUCCAUAUCUGGAAUUAUAUUCAAUGCCUUCAUUAUACUGACGUUUGCCUACCAUCGCUACCUCUUGAAGAAUGUCUUCAUGAUCUACCUGCUGAAUAUCUCGGUUGCGCAUGUGACCUUUGCUGUUCUUAAUGGCUCCGUAGAUUUGGCGGUAAACGGCUACUCAGAAUGGAGAUUCAGUCGAGCCGUCUGCACAUUUGACCUAUACACGCAUUAUGUCCUGGAAUCGCUGAUUGUUUACGGUCAUUUGUUGAUCACGUUAAGCCGCUUUUGGGAAAGCUUCUUUCCUGAUUCAUACAAUAGAUACCAUGCACGCAAGACUGUGGUGUGUUUGUGCAUUAUCCAAUGGAUUUUCGUACACCUGGUUUAUACACCGGGGAUCAUACUGAAUUCAUAUAAAACGGUGGGCAUCAACAGCGCUUGCCGCAUAAAUCUGGAGAUUGCGAGCGUAAAUGUAUGGAUGGAAAUGAUGGUGGUUCUGUUUAUUCUGGUGGAAAUUGUUAUUAUUGCUUUUUGUCCGUUUAUUCUGCUGCGGGAACGAACGCUCCAAGCAAAGGUCAGUGUUGAAGCGGAUGAUGUUAACACCGUCGAAGAGAAUAUUUCGGAAGCAAAAUCACCAAAUCGAAAUGGCUUUCCUCUUGUAUUGGAAGACAUCGAGCAUCCAAAUAUUAUUUCCAUUCAACUGGAAGCCGACGCGGAACGUCUAGCUAGCGAGCGCCGCAGUAUGCGUCGCUGUUUUCUCCUUUUUACCGGCACGACGCUACUGUUCUGGACUCCGCUCGUCACGUGCUUAAGUAUCUCCACUUACGACGUCCUUCGGCGAUCGGAAGCGGCACUCGACACCGUGUCUAUGCUGUAUUCUUUACAAAUUAUCGUUGACCCGACGGUGUUUGUUAUCUCAUUCCCGAACGUUAGGAGCGCAAUGUGGUUAUCGGUCCGAUGUUUUGUAUCUCUUUAAAAUAAUUAAAUAAGUAAUAUUUCUUAUACAUCUACCGCCAAAUAAGUGUGCUUCAAUAAAAAUAAAAACUGAAUGGAGUUCAGCGUA